UUCAGAUAUCCAAAACACGGUGGUUGCGUGUUGCAUGACGCGGUCCGGAGCUUUCUCGCGGUGCGCGUGCGCCGCUCGGGGGAAGCUCACUCGUGGCUCGGCUUCUGCGCAUUGCGCCCGCGCAUCUGUACCGCGUUCGAACGUGAUCGAUAUUCUAAUCGACUUCUUUUCAUUUUUAAUAACUCUUUUAUUGUGUUGUGUGGACAGAACUAAAGUGAAGUGAUUGGAUUCUUUUAUAGUUUUUUUUGGAUUUGUCUCGAUUUUAUUUUUAUGGAGACACCACGAAAAACCAUGGGCUAACGUCUCAUGAAUACAACCGAAGUCAUGAACGAAAGCCGAGAGCGAAUCCGUCGGGAGCGCGAGAGGGAGAAGAACACUUACACGUCUCCCCGUCUCGCUCUGCGCCGGGUGCUGCUGCUGUCCGAGGGCCGGCAGUUCCGGGAGGCGGCCGCCAUCUUGUCCCGGCUCGGGCCGGGGGUCCUGCAGUCUGUGGCCACUGAACUGCCCAUAGACCUCCUGGUUGAAGCUCUGCCACACUCCGCACACUUGAUCGAGACUCUUUUGAACAGACUGAUCUCACUGGAAGUGAACCCUCGGCCGGAGGUACAAUGCGAGGCGGUGGCGUGGCGGCUGGUGGGGCUGCUGGGCGCGGACCAGGGCUCCGGGCUGCGCGCGCGCACCGCCCGCCUCGCCGCCGCGCUCGUGCAAUACACGCCCGACACCAGGGACGCUAUAGACGCCAGGAGGCGGCAGCUGGAUGCUGCUGUACAAGGUCUGGGCACGCACGGGCUAACAGCUGACGCGACCGGUGCCCUCAUCUCCCUGCACGUCGCCAUGAAGAACGAGCUGCAGCGACACGUCGAGGUCUACAAGCAGGCGAUACAUAAGCUGGAAGAACUGUCACCGGUCACCAUAACCCAGGACCCAGCUUCAUCAUCCCACCAGCGACUGCUAGCCCUCUGCCAUGCUGACGUGGAGCGGCGGCUGAUAGACAACAAGUCUCUCCUCACGAUAGUGGACAAGCCCGCGCUGCGCCAGCUCCCGACGCUGGUGGCGUCGCUCGCGGCGCGCGUGGAGAGCGACAAGGCGGUGCUCGCCUGCAUCGGCCAGAUCAAGCGAAGUGAUCCCAGCCUGGAUUUGAGCGAUACGAGGCCGGUGGCGGGCGUGCUGAUGAGCUACUCGCGCGGCUGCGCGGCGGUGCUGGGCCAGAUGUGCGAGGAGCAGACCGGCAGCACGGACCCCGCCACGCCGCGCUCACCCACCGACUCCGCCAGCGACGGGUACCACUCCGACAGCGAUGACUCGCACCAACAUCCCGACAGGAGUAAGUUGGUGUCGCAGUACGCGGCGGUGUGGGCGCGCGCCGCGGACGAGGUGCUGCCGGCGCUGGCGGCACUGGAGCCGCUCCGACACACACCGCAUCUCAAGUAUAAGAUCGUCUUCUCUGUGGUAGUUCUAGCAUUCCGCGCCGUCAUCAGUCUCCGUGACCGGCGCCUGAACGAGGUGAAGUCUCUCCUCGGGCUGGACCCGGAGACCAGCUCCAGCGACCCGCACGUGGCGCGCCUGCUGAGCGCCGCCACGCGGGUGCUGCACACCACCGCGCAUAACUUCCCACUCGGGGAAGCUGAGAGGACUGUCAUCAAUCAGGUGGUGAGCACGCUGCGCGAGUACCCGUGCCUGGCGUCGUGCGGCGCGCUGCACGCGCUCGCAGCAGCCGCUUGCCGCGCGGCCUGGGCGCUCAGCCUGCACUCCCCGCCCAUGAGGAUCGACACCGACUUCACACCUGUGGUAAUGAACCCAGAGAAGCACGUGCGCUUCUCUCCCGAGGGUCGCGACGGGAGAGACCGGCGCUCUGACCUCAUCAAGUCGUUUGUAUGGCCGGCGCUCAUGGACGGCGGCCGGUGUGUCUUCAGGGCAGUCGUGCUCACAUGAGGACCAACGGAUUACGGAUACUGCACGUAGUAGUAACAUAGAACGUAUAAGGUGACGUGAAACUGCUGAUGUAUACGGAGACAAGGGGGCAACCAGUACUAGAACAAAAAAACUGGAUGCCGUGAGAAAGAGGGGCAGCACCAGGCGUAACACGCCAUCCCUCUUACACAACUGCAAUUUUCGUGUCUUAAAAGUGGUAACAUCCAUAGUAGAUUACGGUAGAGGAAAGAGAGAUGGAGUAUUGUAUUAUGGGUAACGUCAUCGCACUUCUACUAUGAGAAUAAUAUUCUAGCUCGUAAUCGUGCUAGCAUACUUGUUACCGUUAUCAACAUACAAGAAUUUGAAUUGUAUAAAGCUAAAAAUACUAAUUAAAUUCUGUGAGAAGAAAAGUAAAUAAUGACAUUGUAUCGAAUUUACUGAUUCUAAACUAAAUUACAUUAGAAUUAAAAAUGUGGAAAUUCAAGGCAAACGAAUGCGCAAAUCAUAUUAAGCAAUUAAAGUAAUUUGAUACUUAUCCUAAUGGGCACAAAGUAUUUAUUUGAAGGUUAAUU